UAUUCACAUUAAUUUUCCGGGAAAAUUCGUCCUUUCUCUCUCUCCUUGGUUGCUAACAAGCAACUAUUUGAAACCUCAUUUAUUUAUUCAAAAUUCUUCUCGCCCUGAAAACCCAACAGAUACGUCAAAGACUUCUGUCAACCAUCAACCAAACUUAUCAUAUAGGUUCUUCCCAAGCACUCUACACGUUAUCGUAGAUUUUACACACAGAAAGAGGAGUUGAGAAACAGAGCGAAGGAAAGUGACGAUGCUGGAGAUGUGUACGAGGCCGCUGGAGAGGUGUUUUGGAGGAGGAGGGAGUGGGGAUGGAUUGCUAUGGCACAUGGAUUUGAGGCCACACGCUUCCGGGGAUUACUCAAUUGCGGUGGUUCAAGCAAAUUCUUCUCUCGAGGACCAGGGGCAGGUCUUGACUACACCUUCCGCCACCUACGUCGGCGUCUAUGAUGGCCAUGGCGGUCCAGAGGCUUCUCGUUUCAUUACGCAACAUCUGUUCCCUUUUCUCCACGAGUAUGCAUCAGAGCAUGGUGGAAUAUCAGCAGACGUGAUAAGAAAAGCAUUUGAUAAAACAGAAGAGGAGUUCUUGCAUUUGGUGAAGCGAUCAUGGACGGCGCGGCCACAGAUUGCUUCAGUUGGUUCAUGCUGUCUGGUUGGGGCCAUUGUCAACGAUGUUCUUUACGUGGCCAAUCUGGGUGACUCCAGGGCAGUGCUUGGCCGGCGAGAAUCUCGAAAUAAGAUGAACUCUCCGGUGAUUGCUGAGCGUUUAUCUACUGAUCAUAAUGUCUGUGUUGAGGAGGUGAGGAAGGAGGUUGAAGCUCUUCAUCCCGAUGAUUCACACAUUGUUGUCUAUACACGCGGAGUUUGGCGAAUAAAGGGGAUAAUUCAGGUUUCGAGGUCUAUUGGAGAUGUCUAUCUAAAGAAGCCCGAGUUCAAUAGAGAUCCUCUUUUUCAGCAGUUUGCAUCACCCAUUCCUUUAAAGAGGCCGGUGAUGACAGCAGAGCCCUCCAUACUAAUCCGAAAGCUGAAGCCUCAAGACUUGUUCUUGAUUUUUGCAUCUGAUGGACUUUGGGAGCAAUUAAGUGAUGGAGAAGCUACUGGAAUCGUAUUAAAAAGCCCAAGAGCGGGAAUAGCAAAGAGAUUAGUAAGAGCCGCGCUAGACAAGGCUGCGAAAAAGAGAGAGAUGAAAUAUGAAGACAUAAAGAGAAUGGAGAAAGGGGUACGGCGCCAUUUCCACGACGACAUUACCGUGAUUGUAAUUUACUUAGAUCAUCCGUCGCAUUCUGAUUCAAAUUCUGGAUCCAACCUUAUUGGUUGCACUAGUGCCCCUGUUGAUAUCUUCUCUCUUAACGCAACGCAAGCAAAUGAACCACUUCCCGGAAGUUUCUGAACUGAACUCUUUAACCCUUUCUACUGUCUAUGUUCUUGUUAAUUAUAUAUACAUAUAUAUAUAUAUGAUAGAUUAAUUAACUAAAAUUAAGGUUGUUAAUAAAUGAAGAUAAUUUUGAAGAGGAUUAUGUUGUAUAUAAUUAUGCGAAUAGAGGAAUCGGAGCUACUUCACCAUUCUUGAAUCUCUGAACUAAACUGAUCUAAUGGUUACUUGCUUGUUGGCUGCUCCAGUUGUUAACUUUGUAUGCUUUACUGGAAUGACAAUGGUUCCAUUGGAUUGGAUUAAAUUUUUAUA